AUGCUCUGCCGCCCCACCCACCCGACCGCCAACCGCAGCCCAGCGCCAUACCCCGGGCCAGGACCACAGAAGGAAGCCGUGGAAAGAAGGCCACGGCGGUGCCAGUUACCGGGCACCCUGCCAACCCCACCCCCAAACCCGGGGGCGCCCCAGCCCACCGGCCACCUGCACCCCCGCAUGGCACACCACGGCCAUGCGAGGGUGUGGGGACAGGUAACAGGCCCUGAGAACCAACUGAAAACCGGGACCAACGUCCCCCCCCCCGACCCGAACCACCCAGCCCCUCAGACCCAAACCCCAGCCCCGUUACCCAGUCCGCCGCCCGCAGUAGCCACCGACCCCCAACAAAAAGGACCCAGCCACAAGCACCCAAGCGGCCAAGAAUGCGGCCCCACUCCAAACAAAGGAGCAGACCAGCCAGCCCGGCACAACCAAAAUACGCCACACAAAGGAGGGCACAUCCAGCCACCCCCGAACCCACAGGGCAGAGCCAACAGAGCGCCCAGCCCCCGAAGCCCGGCACCAGACAGCAGCCACAACCAGGCAAGCAGGGCAACAAAACACAUCCCACUUCAACACCAAGGCCGCCACCAAACCGCACCCGACCCAAAAUGGCAGGCCCACCCAAAAUGCAAGCUCCAGGCCAUGAUAGGUACAUGCACCCCCCCCCCAAUAACAGGCAAACCGAGACCACCGGACCAGCUGGGCAGUCAAGCAGACGCCACGAUGCACCACCCUGCCCACUACCAUGCCCAAGGGAAAGACACCGGCCCAGCAAGCCGAAGGGCGCCACAGAAAGGCCCCAGCACACGGAGCAAAGAGGUCACACCCCCAUCCAGAGACGCAGACCCACCUACAUCCAGGGGCACGGCGAGGACCACUAACCCCAAGCACACCGAACCCACCAGGAACCAUCCAGCAAAUGAGCAAACCCCACCCCAGUAUGAGGCCGAGACGCCCGACGCAAGCACAGAGCCCAGCGACACCCGCCCUGCCGCACCACGCCCGGAGGUCAGAGCCGCCGCGCACAGGACCACCACCCCAACACCACAGCACGCCAUACAGUGGAGGACGGAAUGCAGCAAAGGGCACCCAAAGCAAAAGCUGCACACAAAGCCCACACUGCGCAAAUGUGCCCCUACCAGCCCCCCAAAAACGAAGCCCCCCAUGAAAGUGCACCCCCACGAAAAGAAGACCCGCACCAUCCAGGUCCUAGAACAUGCCCGACACCCAUACCCCUGCCAGAAGCAGCCCCGCAAAGCUACACUCCGUGGCCCACAAAAGGCAAGAGAGCCCACAGAGCCAAAACCAAAACCCAUCCGGAAGCCGAGACCAAUCCACCCCGAGACCAACCCCGGCCAGCCUGCACACUCGGACCAUGCAGACCCCUCCGAACCCCCUCCCCCAGACAGAAAAGGGACCAGCGUCAGUAACCGGAACCAAGACAAGGAACCAGAAACCGAGCCGGAACCACCCAAGACCAAACAACACCUCCCCACCUCAGAAGGAAACCCACACCCACCCCAACAUUCGAACAACUCCCAGAGCACAUAA